AUGGGAGGAAAGAGACACGACACUUUGCUCUGGUUAUCUCCUUCCAUGUACGUAUCCAUGUCCCGCUUUGCAUAUCUGAAGCUGGGCCAAGAGCAGAAGCUUCCGCAUUUGGUCCAUUGCAACUGGCUCAAUUCCAAACUCUUCUUCUUCUGCGCCCUCCCCUCCCACCACGUAAUCCCCCGCCUUCUUCUCUUCUCACACUUUUCUCAAUACCUCGGCUUACAGUAUGUCAUUGUCUUCUCAGGGUACCUACCAUAUUGGUGUAGACCCGUGGCCACACUCCUUUCGUUUCUUCUCGGCUUAAGCGGCGGGGAUGGUGGGGGAACGCUUCCAUUCGAGAAGGCAAGUGCCUCCUGGCGGAUGUCGCGCUCCGGCGUGCUGGGUUUAAUAGAGUGGAUCCCGUCAGAGCUGCCCACGUCGCGCACAGCACAGGCCCCAGGCCACGACGAGACUUCCGGGUUGCAAAUCCGCUUAGUUCCAGCGCGUGUCAGCGGGUACCACUGCACCUUUUUUUCUGGUCUCCAGCGUCCCCUCGGUGCCACCCAAAUUUUGAGAGUCGCGAGAUCUCCCUGCGAUGAAACGUCACAAACGAGCGCAUCUCUGUCUUCGUCCGACUUUCCUGCGCCAUCUUCGACUCCGACCGAUAGGCCUCGAUCCCAUACCCCACGACUAAGGUCUACUGCAGAACGCAACGAGGACGGAGCUCUGGAGAAGACUGCGCGUGCGGCAGAAGGGGCGAUUGAGACUGAGGAGAGAGGCAAGCAGGCCGGUUCGCAGAUCACACAUGUCUGUUCCAGCCGGAAUAUUUUCAUGAAGAAGAAACGGCAAACGUCCGAGGAGCUUCGACAACGAUUCUACGACAGCACCUGCCACUCGUUUCCCACUUACGGGACCUCGAAAGACGGGGUUCCCGUUCCGGAUCCAAUGAAUUCAAGAACCAAACUGGCGUUGACUGGCGGCAAGCCUCCUGCUUUCAAUAACCUUAGCAAAGACUCCAGCAAACGAUCAAUCGCCGAAGCCCCGAGAGUAGCCAAACGUCAAAAGGUACAACCCGAGACUACACUAAGAGAUGUCCCACCACACGCCACCCUUACAACACAGACGUUCGCUCCGCCCGUGGCAUCCUCGUCGCUCUCACCGCAAACGCCCGCAUUGGUCGACUUGACGCAUUCGCAACGGUCGGUGGACGGGGAUGCGGCUAGCAACCGCAGCACACACUCGGUAAACUCGACUGCGAGCGGAAGCGAAUUCAGAAACGUGGAAAAAGCGCACAGCGGUUCCAGUAGGGGCGGUAGGAGAUCUGGCAAUCGACCUCGUCCUCGAGGAUUGCGAGUCAGAGACUCAAAGAAGCCCGAGGGCUAUGACUGGGAUGGCGAGGAUGAGAUCGUCCAAGACCAGCCAACACAGAAUAGGCGAGCUCGUGGAGAUUCGGCAGAAGCGCCCAGAAAAAAGGCUUUGCGUCAACCCCCGAGACGCGGUCAAGAUGAUAUACAAGAGGUUUCGGAGGACGACGAACUCGCUUUCCAGACCGGGCGUAGCCGUCGAGCGGGAGAUGACAUCUCGGAUGAUGAUGGAAAGUCACCAGACGCCGGCAACACAAAACGGAAGCGAGGAGACAUGACCACGGUGAAAUUCGAAAAGUCGCAGCCGGUCAAAUCGCAGCCGGUCAUAUCGCAGCCGGUCAUAUCGCAGCAGGGCAUCCCCAAGACUUUUACCCUCAAAGUUGUUCGUGCCGUAUCAGGGAAGGACACCUUCGAGGCCAAGAAGCCAGAGGAGUGUGUUCUCCUGAAGCUCGACCAGCACUUCAGGAGCCUCAUCGCUUUCGAUCAGGCAGGCAGGCCUUUUUCGGAGAGAGGGUGGCUGGAUGUCAAGUUGAUGUUCUGUACUAAAAUAUUUUACAGCAUCACGGGCACCCCGUUCGCGGUAAUUUGGAGAUCUUCUUCCUCAAACGUAGGAGGCUUACUGGUGCUCGGCUUUGCUGAACCAGGAGAUGCCCACCGCCUUGGGGACUGGGCUGAAGCCAGGGUAAAAGCCUUCACUACACAGAAGACCGACUGUUCCCCCAAGGACAGCGAGUAUCUCCAGAAGAUCUAUGAAAAGCAAAAAGCGAUUGCGGAGAAGUGGGAGGACAAAAGAGACUCUCAGCCGGAUGAUAUCAAGCUCCUGGAACACAAAGAGGCGAUCAAGGCCAAGGCCGAUACGGUAUCAGUACCGUGGACUCAGUCGAAAACCAGUCCCCCGAGCAAUCCACCACUUCGCGGCAGUAUGAAGGCCGAAGACUCAUCGCGUUCGUCGAAGCCCGAGAUUACGCCGUCACGUUCUUCAAAACCCGACACUACAACGUCUUCCUACUUCGCUCCCAUCAGCCAUGACACCGGGACUGAGUCUCGACAGGCCAAGGAAUCGCCCAGGGAAGCAAGGAGCACCGCCAGACGAGUCCAGGAAUCUUCUCUUGGCAUGCCCAAACGCAAAUCCCCAAGCCCCGUCUCGUGGAUACAGCAAAACCCUGAUUGGGACAAGAUAUGGAACGAGAAGCCGCUUAUUUUCCCAGCUACGGGAAAGAACAGAGCGUCAGUCUAUCGUGAUGAUAUUUCGCGCCUGGAAGAAGGAGAAUACCUGAACGACAAUCUCAUUGGUUUCUACCUACGGUACCUUCAAGUUCACCUGGAAAAGCAGAAUAAAAAACUUUCCGACCGUAUCUACAUUAUGAACACUUACUUCUAUCCAAAACUGACUGACACCAAGGCGGGCCGGGGGAUCAACUACGAAGGCGUCAAAUCCUGGACUGCAAAGGUCGACCUUUUCGCCUACGACUACAUCGUGGUGCCCGUCAAUGAGAGUGCUCACUGGUAUCUGGCAAUCAUCUGUCAUCCAUCCAAGCUGCUCAAGACAGAUGACGGUGAACCCGAAGUCAAAGAUGGCAAAUCUCUAGAUGAUUUUAAAGAAGAAUUAAAGGGAACCCCAGAGGAGAAACCAGUAGGGUCGGACGAAGGCAUGGUUUCUACUGUUGGCGAGCAAGUCGAACUGAUGAGUCUGGAAGAGAGCCAACCUGGGGAAGAAGAGAAGAAGGAAGAGCCGAGGCCUGGGAAGAAAGACAAGGGACCGUCUACGAAGCAACGUCAAGUACGCAAAAGCACGGGAAUCGCUUUUCGGAAGCAGGAUCCCACAGAAGCCAGAGUCAUCACUCUUGACUCUCUCGGCGUCGGGCACUCCCCUACUUGCGGCAAUCUGAAGGCCUACCUCGUCCAAGAAGCCAAAGAUAAGCGCAACAUGGCAAUCGAACCACCUGGUACCUUUGGAUUGACGGCAAAGAAAAUCCCCGAGCAGGAAGAUCACGCAAGUUGCGGCGCAUUUCUCCUGGGCUACAUGCGUGAGUUCCUGAAGGACCCUGACAGCGUGGUCACCAAAAUAGUUCGUAAGGAGCGGCUAGAUUGGGACAUCACGUCCCCCGCGAUGCGAAGCGAACUCCGUACCAUCAUUAUCGAACAGAGGAAACUACAGAAUGCCACCUUGGCGGCAGAGAGGAAAGCUAAGCGCAUGUCUACUGGACAGCCUACUCCCGGCAUCCUGCCAGAUGAACGUCAAGAGAGCGAGCUUGCGCCCCCGAGAACUCCUCAGCCAGUGGCUGACGUGCCAAAGAAUCCGUCAUCCACUGUCAAAGGGUCUCCAGCCAUAGGCCUGCCUCCCAACAAUGGCAUCAGCCCGCCGGCGAAAAUCGAGGGAGGCGACGCAACCUCUCUCUCUGAAGAUCCCGAUUCUUCGAAGCAGGGUAAAUUUACCACUACUGGGAUCGAGGAAGUCUCGGGCAUUGCUCAACCCGUAGGAGUCAAGGAAGGCCCGAGGAUGGAGAAGACGCCGCAGGUCGAGCCCAAUGCACAGCAUAUCGAAGCUUGUGAACCUGGCCCGGCAGCCGAGCGCUCUGUAUUACCUGGCAACACCAUUCUCCCGACCAACGAGCAAUGCGACGUGAUGCGGACUCUCGUGGACAGUUUCGAGCCGCCAGCGACGCCAAUUCGGGAGGCAUCGCGCAGCGGCAACUCAACUGGAGGUCGGUUCAGAACCAGUCCUCGCAGAACAAGUCCUCGUUUUUCAAGAACCAAGCUGGUCGAGGUGGACGAGAACCAAAUGCUCUCCGCACUGAAAUCGACGCCGGCUCAGCCUUCCGAUCAAGUGGUACCAGGUUCUCGAAGUUCAAAAAAGAAACCGGGCAACAGUCACAAGAUGUUACAGCCGCUUGCGUCUUCACCAGCCCAGUCUGCCGAGCAAAGAAAGGCAGCUGUCCGGGGUUUUAAGAGGAAACUCAGUAUCAGUGAGGAAAUACUAUGCGAACUGUCUUCUCCACCGCCCAAGGCCGCUCGCAAGGAUGAAAAGCCUGAAUCACAACCUCAGAAGGGUGACUCGCCGAGCCAACAACUGCUCGGUGAAUUGCAAUCUUCCGGCGAGUCGAUGCCAGGGCAGAGCCUCACAUCCGGGACGGAUGCCAGAAUGCAAGAGAGCAUCAUUAUCGAAGACGCGGAAGCUCCAAAGACGUCGCCUCGGACGUUGACAAACACUAUCACGCAGAAGAGUUCUUACUCUGAGGUCAAGUCGCCGCCUCGGUCUACUAAAAAGAGGAAGCAGCCUUCUCCGCAAGACCAGCGAGCAAGGAAUAGGGCGAUACCGAGCAUCGAGCGGGACGCCGAGAGCUCAUUCAACAAAAUCCAGAGGCCUGCGAACGGCUCUGAGACGGUGGAUCUAACCACAAAGAAGCGGUUGGAUCUGUCGUGGAGGUUGGCAGAUGAGAGAUACAGCGUUCGUUUUCCUGGACUGGUUGGCGCGAAGGCGUUCGUCCAAAUAGUGUGUAAUGGCAUAGCUAUGUCCUCAUACCCAUAG